AUAAUAUAAUCCUCUAUCAUAAUACACAUUCAUAAAUAUGCUGGAUCAAGAUCCAGAUUUGACAUAUCGUCAAUAUGAGAUUAGAGAGGGGAUUAUAUUUUUAAUUGAAUUGACGCCUGAUAUAUUCCUUCCCUUGGAACAAUUAAAUUAUAAGUCUCAAUUCCAUGAAAUAUUACUUGCCAUUAAUGAAUUAAUAUCUGAAUUAGUGAUUUCACUUCCUAGUACUGGGAUAGGGAUAUAUUUGUAUAAUUGUGCAACCACUGGAACUAAUUUUAAAAAAGAUUCAGGAAUCAAUAAAAUCUUUACUUUGAAUGAUGUGAAUAGUAAGAAUAUGAAAAUAUUGAACGAUCUUAUUCAAGAUGAUAUCAAUAACGUCAAACGACUCGAAGAUUUAUUUUCAGUGAAAAGAAAUACUGAUAACGAAUAUUAUGAUAAUCUUCCGAUAGUUUUGAACUCAAUGUUGAAUAUUUGUAAUAUGAAAACUCAUUAUAAUAAUAAAAAGGUUAUAUGGUUUACUAAUAAUGACAAUCCUUAUAAUAAUGAUAAGGGGAAAAAACGAUUAUGGAAGAUCAUUAAUGAUUUUGAGGAAUACAAGAUUAAUAUAUCUCCAUUAUUCUUGGAUAAAUUCGAAUCUGGAGAGAAAUUACCUUUUGAUAUGAAGAAAUUCCGAAAUAUAUUUCUUAAUUAUGGAGAAUGGCAAGAAGCUAAUGAUGAUCAUUCUGGAGAUGAGGAAAAUACUACAGAUAUCAAAGUAGAAAACGAGAAUAGUCAAUAUUUUGAUCAAGAUAUGAAAAGAAGAAUCACAAGUAAAAAGCUUCGUAAAACUACCCUUUCAACCACAUUAAGAAGCUAUAUUCUUCGACUUAAAGAGAUUAAAAGAGUGCAAUUUUCAUGUAAUCUCAUUCUUUCUGAUGGCACUGGAUCCAAGGGGGAAAUAGGAGGAGAAUUUGGGUGUUCAAUCAAGGGAUACAGUAUGUACAAUCAUGAAAAGCCACGAAGAUUUGAAUCUAUUUACAAUAAAGGUGAAACCUCACAAAUUGUUCAUGUUAAAACUAAAUAUAUUGAUGCAACUACAAAUGAAGAAAUCCCAACCAAUGCCAAAAGUGGUGAGAGUAAUGAUGGUGGUGAUGAUGACAGUCAAAUGCUUCCUCAAAUCAAAAAAGGAUAUGCUACAAAUGAUACUGUAUUCUAUCUUAAUGAUAAGCAGUUACAUUACUUGAAGAAUUAUACAUUCGAUCAUACUCCAGAUGGGAUUUCUGAGCCUACUGAAGACGAAGAUAAAGAUGAACUCGAAACAGCUAAACUUGAAUAUUCCGAACCGGCGUACUUGAAAUUGAUUGGAUUUCGUAAAUUAGAAAAUUUCAAGCCAUACUACAAUACAUCAAAUCCAAUAUUUGUAACUGCGGAUAUUAAUAAUGGGCUUAGAUUACCUUCUUCUGCUGGUGGUUUUGAAAACUCCUUCGCUACAUUCUCAUCUUUAUAUCAAUCUUGUGUGGCAUUGAAAAGGUUUGCAGUUUUAUUCGGAUGUACCAAAAAGAACUCCACUCCGUCAAUGUAUGGAUUAUAUCCAACACGAGUUGUUAAUUCUACAAAAAAUAAUACUUCAAACUUUUCGCUGUUCAAAGAAUUCCCAGAAGGAUUUUUCCUAAUAAGAUUACCGUGGGUUGAUGAUAUAAGGUCAAUCCCUGAGUAUAUCUUGACAAAUGGAAAGUAUUUGAGUGACGAAAGUCUUGAGGGUGAUGAGAGUACGAAUGAAUUGAUAGAAAACUAUAAAAUGAUGAUUAAUGAGUUUGGUUUGAAAAGUUAUCAGCCCAAUAAAACACCGAAUCCAACUUUGAAUUAUUUCUAUAAAGUUCUAAGGAUGCACUUGCUUCAAAUGCCAAGUGAGUCUGAUCCAAGUAAGGAGAUCGUGGAAAAUGAUCAAACAAUUGAGCUGCUUAUUAAUGUGCAUAAUCAUUUGUGUGGAAAGCAGAAGGAAAUAAAUCAAACAAGAAAUGAAAUUAUAAAGUAUUUGAAUAUGACAUUGAAUCGUUUAUCAAAUGAAUCUAUAAAUAAUAAAAGACAAUAUGAAAGUGAAGGUGGGGUAUCUAAAAAAGCAAAGACAGAGGAGGUUGUAUUAACUGAUAGUGAUGUCCUAACUGCAUGGAAGAAGAAUACCUGGACGUAUUUCAAUGUUGCUCAAUUAAGAACCUUCAUCAGUAAGCACAAGGGAAAGAUAAAGAAAGCCACAAGAAGAGCGGACAUGAUUGACAAUAUAACGGAAUUCCUAGAGGAGAGGUAUGGAGCCUCGGAAUAAGAUCAUUUUAAAGUUUUUUGAGAAAUACAUAAACAAACAU